AUGACGACCACGAGUUUACCAAGAGUUCCCGAGGGUCUGCGGGACCUAAUGAAGGUUUAUACCAAAGAAGUGUUACGUGAAAAGCCGGCUGAUUUGUAUGGCUUUUCGGCCAACUUUUUCAAUAUGAUUGUUGGUGAAAAAUCCAAUAAAAUGGUGCGAAAAUACGAGCCGGUGCAAACGUAUGAAACAAUUAUGAAGAACCGCAUACGUCAGCAGGUUCCCCUUUCCCUGGUGUUCAAUAUAAUUCCAGAAACACUUACGGAUCUCAUUAAGCAAUUUAUCAAGGCAGUUCUAAGAGAAAAACCAGAGAAUAUCUACAUUUUCGCACAGGAGUACUUUCAAAGGAUAUCCAAAGAAAAGUCGGGACGAAUUGAGUACACCAAAUAUUCGACAUACGAAAAGUCAUUAAAGGGCAAAGAAAACGUAACUCCUGUAUCGAAGGUAACCUGCGAGUGUGGGCGAAUCCUAAGUGCGAAUAAAAAGGAUGUGGAGAAUACGACUUCCGCUUAUACAGAUACCAAACUAGCUGAGGCAGACCAACCGAAAUUUUCCAGCCGAAUUUCCUAUUUGCAAUCAGUUGUUAUCAUUCAAAGACAUUUUCGAAGAUAUCUCAAAGAGCGAAAACUUGCUCUUGAUAAGGAUAAAUGCAAUAGUGUGGAAUACAUGACAUCUAUACUCCUGAUUCAACGACAAGUUCGUCGUAUCUUGGCAAAGAAGCGAGUUGAAAAACUUAAAAAUUCACGUGACGUCCGGAGCAAGAAUAAUAAAUUUAACACUGCUGACUAUAUGAAAGCGGUUGUCGUCAUUCAGCGACAUUAUCGCAUAUAUUUGAAAAAGAAGCAGGAGCAAAAUCGAUUGAAAAACGGCACAGUAUCCUUAGCAACAGCCGCCAUCAUAAUCCAAAGAGCCUUCAGAAGAAUGGUGGCACGUUAUAGAGCCAAGAGAACUAUUUCUUCAGCCACAGAUCAUGCCGAGGAACUCAAUGACAAUGCUUCAGAAACUGGAUCCUACACAUCCGUUUCCACUGCACUCCUUUCAACGGAAUCUACUGAACUGGGAAUGGCCAAUUACGAGGAACGUGUCCAUCAGAAAAUAAUUCACGAAGACGAGGAAGUGGAGAACAAUAACGUUGAUGCCGGCCUUGAGAAGGAGUAUUUCGCGGAACCCAUUAAGGGCCAAGAAAAAUCGAUUCAGCUAAGGAAAAGCGAAAUUCUUAGCGGCGCCUUAAUCGAAAGUAUGAUUCACAAGCCAGAUUUGAAGGACUUACAAAAUGAAUCAAAGGAUUUGGAAGUGAAUGCUUUGCAGUCUGUUGAUAUGGAAGAUUAUAAUGACCCAAAUCAAGCUCAAGAACCUGAAAUCAUAAAAGAAAUUAAAUCAAGUCUAGAUCUAGAAUCAAUACCUCAAGUCGAACUUAAAGAUACAAAUGGUAGCGAAGAAACGGAGUUGGAAAACGAAGACAAACUACAAACUGAGUUGGAAAACGAAGACAAACUAAAAUCCAAUAAAGCCAGCUUAGAUUCGGCACCGGAAGUCCUAGCCGAGUUUAAAGAUAACCCCUAUACUGAAAAUAUAGAAGAUACAACCAAGGAUCAAACUAAAACUGAAAGCUUAACCAAAGAUAAUGUUAAAAAAGCGGAUGGUGAAUUUGUAGAAAGUUCUUUACUUCAUGGUGAGAAAAAAGAAAGUGAUGAUGGACCAGAAAAUGAUACAAAAAAGGCUGAUGCCUCUUCUGAUAUUUUACAAGCUGAUGAAAAAGAUAAUGAAGAUAAAUUACCCAAUGAAACCAAAAGCGAAUCUCAAGAAAUUCCAAUUGAAAACGAAGUUACCCCUACAGUUUCUAUUGAAAUUGAGCAUGUCGAAGAUAUUCCCGAAGAAUCCAUAUCAACCCAAGAAGACACUAAAGAUAAGAACUUAACUGAUGACGACUCAAAAUCGCAAGACUCUCAAAAUAUUACCCACGCGGAAGAUGACAGCUUGAAAAAGGUUUUACUUAAUCAAAAUCAAGAAGUUCUUGAGCAAGAAACUCCUUUAGAACUUUUAGAUGAAAAUUUGGAAACAUCUGCAGACACACCUAGUCAAGCUGAAAAUAAUAAAAGCAACUCAUUAGACAAAGAUGAAAACAAGUCCUUUGAGAAAACUCGAGAAAAGAGAAGCUUAGAAGAUGAAGAACCCGUAAAAACCAACUUGAAAACCCAGGAAAACAUAGGGAUUGGAAAUCAGGGUGAAAUGAAGGCCUACAAUGGGCAUAACCUGGAUGGUUCUUUGGAAACUAUACCUAUAUUGGAAGAUAAACCAACAACGCCACCAAAAACAGAAGAUAAAACAAUUUCAGAUAUUACUGAAACUGUAGAAGAAAUCGAUGAAUCAAAUCAAGAAACUACAAUAGAAGGAACUUUAGAUAACGUUCCAGAAGUUGAUGAUCAGAUAACCGAAAGUAAGCAAAUUGCUUCAGAAAACAUUAACCCUAUAAAGGAUAAUUUGCUAAAUGAAGAAGAAUCUCUCGAGCCUAGUACUACAGCUACUGCACAAGCUUCUGAAUUGUCAACUGUUGAAGGCUUAGAGGUUGAAACCUCAACAGAGAUUCAGAAAGAAACGGCAUCGAAUGAUGAAUUAAAAGCAGAUAAAGAGGUUGCUGGACUUUCAAGUGCUCCAAAAACUGAUCAAUUAGAAUCGAAAAGUGAAAAAAUCAGGGAAGGGAAGAGCAAUGAUGAUAAAAAACUUCCAUCAGAUGAUUUGCUGAAAGAAACAGAAAUUUUACAAAAUGAUAUCACAGAACUAUCACAACAAGAAACGAUUCUAAUUGGACAAGAAAGUUUAGAAACUGAGGAAUCUUCUCCCGCUGAAGACGGCAAAGAAAAACAAAAUUCAAAGAGUUCCAAUCCUGAUUUUCAUAAUUUUGAUGUCCUCACAGAAAAUACUGAAUUAAAAAUCGAAGAUAAUGUUUCCAGCUUUAAAAAUCCAGCAGAAAUAACAGAAGGACCUGAGAACCAAACCGAAGUUAGAGAAGAUAUAAUACCCAAACCUAGUGAACUCCAACAGAAUACAAAAACCAUUACAGAAAACUCUGUCAUAGAAGGUAAAACAUUAAUUAAAAAAUCAGAAAGCUUAAAAUCUGAUGAACAAGAAUCGGAAAAGAAAGUUCUAUCUAUCGAAUUGAAGCAAAAGGAAAAUCUGAAAAUAGAUGAAGAAUCUGCGGAAUUCGGUGAUAAAAUAUUACCCGGCGAAUCGGAAAGCUCACCAGUUAAAGACCAACAAUCCAAUCCAGAAGCCUUACCAAUCAACUCCGAUUCUAUGCAAGACGAGUUUAAAAAGCUGGGUGAUGAAUCUACGGAAGUAGAUGUAGAGUCGACCACGAAAACAGAAAGUUUCCCAGCUGAAGCUGAACAAUUGGAAAACGAAACUCUGCCAACUCAAUCUGAAUCUAUUCAAGUUCAGGAUAGUAAAGUAGAUGGUGAAUCUGCGGAAGAUAUAAAGUCAACUAUGGAAUCAAAAACUUCCCGAACUGAAUCUGAACAAUCAGAUAGAGAAUCAAAACCAAUAGAAUCCGAAUCUAUGAAAGUAGACAAGAGUGAGUUGGAUAGUGAAUUUAAUAGAUUGAAAUCUACGGAAUCAGCUGGGGCAGAUGAACCUCAACAAUUGGACAAAGAAACUAAACUAGCAGAAGCCGAGUCUAUGCAAAUUGAGGAUGAUAAAUCUGCAGAAGAAAUGAAGUCAACUAUGGAAUCAAAAACAUCCCGAACUGAUUCUGAAAAAUCAGAUAAAGAAGCAAAACCAAUAGAAUUUGAACCUUUGCAAGUUGACAAAAGUAAGUUAGAAGGUGAAUCUGAUGAAAUAAAAGUUAAGUCAUCUACGGAAUCAGAAAGUUUCCAAGUCGAAGCUGAAGAAGUGAACAAAGAAAGUUUACCUGAAGAGAGUAAAUUGAUUGAUGAAACUACGGAAUUAGAUAUUCAUUCGACUAAGAAUUCAGAAGAUUCCCUGGAAAGUGUACCUUCAAAAGCUUCAUUGGAAAGAGUCACCAACAGCGAAGAAGAGCUCGGUCCUGCAAUGUCUAUGGGCGACACUGCCAUUGCAGUUAUGGGAUUAUCUGGUAAAAAUAAGUUCGAAACUGUAAAUGGAGAGUUACAGGACAAGCCCAAGUCCCAAGAUUUGGAAGAGAUACAAAGUAAAGUAACUUCUGAGAAGAUAACUGAAGAACCACCCAAUGUUGCAGAUGAAGAAGAGAUAGAUGGAUCAGAAACCAUAAUCAAUAGGAGUAAUGAGAGCAUCAGCGAAGGAAACGUGGAACAUCCAAGCUCAGAAACUGCUUUAGAGAAGGUCAUGACAGAUGAAGGACCCAUACCCACUCAGCUUGAAGGGGAUGGUUUAUCAACGAAAACUGAUGAAACUGCUGACCUAAAGGAACAUAAAGAUGACUCCACAGCUAUGGGAAACACGGCUGCAAUUAUUGAGGAUAAAAAGACUGAAGAACUAAAUAACAUAAUCAACUCCCUUGUUCCCUUAAAUCCCGAUGUAAUUACUGCUGAGUUGCAGCUCAAGUCAUUCAAAAAUCCCAACGACGAUGGCGCCUGGUAUGAUAUAUAUGUGGAACCCAAGGGAUCCACUGAUACAGAAGUAGAAACCACUCAACCCCCAGUUCAAACUAAAAAACCAAAUACAAGCCAAGUAACAUCUUCGGUUGUAGAAGAACCUAUCAUUCCCGCACAAAGAGUUCCAAGUUAUUAUACACCCAAAGAAAUCGUAGAAAACGUAGAGCCAAAGGCCAAGAACUCAGUUUCAUUCUUCGUUUCAUUCAAUGCGGAUGAUGGCAAACCCAAGUACAAAAUACCAAAAAAGUUUCAAUCUAAAACAGAUAAUAGAGAAGUAAAAACCAAUGAAGCUAUUUCCCCUGAAUCUGAUAUUGAUUCCAAUGAAGAGGAAAUCGAGGUUAUAGAAGUAUCAGAGGGCGAUCCCGAGUACACGCAGACAGGAGGAUCCAAACUGCAAACCAUUUUGGAACUAGAUAAUGAAAAUGACCAACCCACGGAAAAUGUUAAUCAAAGCACGGACUUGGAGCCUGCUCAGAAAGAGCUAUCAAGUAGAAAUAUUAACCAUGUUGAAUAUAAUCUUGGAAAGCCAAAAAGUAACUCUGAGCAUUACGAAUCUUUGUACAAAACAGAUAUUUUAAAUAUUUUAAGAUCUGUUCAGAUCAUAGAAAGAGCUUACAAGCGCUUCAAGGAUAAGCAAUCUUUAAAGAGUGAACCUGAAAGCGAAUCUGAAUUUGAAAAACAAAACAGAGCUGCAAAAAUAAUUCAAAAGUGGCUUCGGAGCAACCUAAAGAAAAAGGCUAUUAAAGUUUCCCCUGAUGAUUCCCGAAAAUCUAAAGAAAAUCUUGCUGCACAGAAAAUUCAAAGAGCAUAUCGAAGAUAUCUCAUGAAAACGGAAGAACAAAAGAUUGCCGAUGAAAAACUUAUUCGAAGACAAGAAAACGCUGCACUCAUUAUCCAAAAGGCAUUUAGGCUGUUUUCCCAAAGAAAAAUAAUCGAACCCAUUAAAACUCAGACCUCAGAUGACUCAAAACUUGCUCAAAAUAAAGCGGCUACAAAAAUUCAAAGAGCUUACAGAAGGUAUCUUAAAUUAAUGGAAAAGCCAGAAGAGAUAGAUUCUGUAAAGCCCCAAGAUCCAAAAAUACAAGAUGAUGGUAAUCAGGAGGAAGCUAAUUUAAGCGUAGUUAAUCUGGCAAAGGUAUCUAAAGAACCAAAAGUGAUUGAUGAAUUAAAAUCUGAAGAGAUACAGGAAGUUAAGCAACCUUUAAUAUCUAGUUCAAUGCCAUUUCAUUCUCCAGAACCAGUUGACAACCUAAAAACUACCAAAGAAUUGAAAACUGAUAAGCUUCAAGAUUUAGUACAGGUAGAGGAAAACAUUUCCACACCAAUUUAUUUGACAAAUUUAAGUAACGAACCGAAAAGGAUCAAAGAAUUAGAGUCGGAAGAGUCUCAAGACAUAAAGAAUCUCUCGAAAGUUAGCCCAACUUCAAGUUUUGAUGAAUCAAAACCUCUUACUAAAUUACAAUCUGAAAAGUCAGAUAAAUUUCAAGAACUAGAGAGUGUCAGUUUAAGUUCAAUUUCUGACGAACCUAAACCUCUAGCUAAGUUACAGUCUGAAGAUGAUUUUCAAGAAGUACACACCGCUAAUUCAAAUUCCGAUGAACAAAAAUCUCUUACUAAAUUACACGAAUUACAGAAAAAAGAAUUCCAAGAGCAACCUAAAUCUGUGGAAUCCAGUUCAUCUAUAAAUCAUGAAAAGCGCGAAACAAAAUAUGAAUUACAGACAGAUGAUCCUCAGUCUAAAGCCAAUGAUCCAAUAAAAGAUGAACAUGUGGGGAAAUCCAGUGCAGCUCUUAUAAUACAAAGAGCUUUUCGACAAUAUAUGGAAAGAAAAAAGCUACAAAACUUUGAUAUGAGCUCCUUUGACUCUAUUACCAGCUCACAGAUAACAGCCAUAGAAAAUUCAAGUUACCCAACUGCAACCACACCAUCAGAAAGUUUGGUUCAAGAAGAACCCAGUGAAGAUGCUUCAAAGAUCCAACCCAAAUCCGAAUGGUUUGUGGGGUCAACUCGCAUAAUACCAAGCCAGGGAGUCGUUGGAGGACCUCUUGGGGUAGCAACCGAUCCGGAUCCAGAUGUAAUCACAAGUAAAACCAGCACGCAAGUAGAAUCAGUUGAAAUAGUAGAUAGAUCGCAUGGCUCGCUUGAAUCUAAAUUAAAUCCUGAUUCCAAAAUCGAUGAGGGUUCAUCUGAAAAGGAUAAUGCAGUCUCUUCUGGUUUAGCAGGUUUAACAGAGGCAUCUGAGGCUGGGACUGGAUCAGUGGAGGAUCCACUACUGUUGUCACAAUCCGAUUUUGGUGGCAUCGUACAGUCUCUGGAUAUUGCUUCAACUCAAGAGUUGGUUAAUAGUUUCCUGGAGAAUGAGAUCGAGUACUCAUCGAAACAAGGCCCAUAUCCAAUUGCUAGCCAUCUUAAAGAAGUUAUAGAGGAACCUUGUAUAAAAAAAUGCGCUUCACUGACAAAUCUUUCCGAGGGAGAAUCAGAACCAGAAGUGGCUGGCCAAAAAGCUGAGAAUACGGACUCCUCCAUAUCGGAAACCAUGGGUUUAGACACGCUCUCCACAGAUACAAUAGAGAAGGCAACUGUUAAGUUGUCCAAACCAGAGGAAGUUAUUGAAAAGAUGUCCCAACUGCGAGACUCCAAGUCCCAGGAGAGGCUCUCCUCGGCAGAUCCCAGUUUUGAUGAACCCGUAGUCCGACCUAUGAGUUCUUUGCAGGAGCAAUCCAGCAUUGACAUCGAAGAUGGAGAUAUUAUCGUAUACAACCGUCUGCAGAGGGAGGAGACCAGGGAGAGCUCUGCUCAGAGUGACUCCGUGGUUUUCGGUGAGGCGGAAAAUAUCCAAGUCAAGGACUUGCUCAAUGAAGAAGAAUCCGGAAGGGUGCAUUUGAUGAGGCAUUACACUAUCGCUGGCGAUGAUCCCCGAGGACUCUUCAGAUCUGUGACCAUAGAUGAAGGUGAAGAUGGUAUGGCCAUUAAUAGCGCCAUGAGUUUCUGUUUGGACGAUGAGACCUCGGAGAAUAUUCGCAAGAAGAUGAUGGCUUACUCCUUGUCCGAAACGGAUUCCGAUUACUUUGAUCCCAAAAAAAGCAGCAAAGACUUUGACAUAGAUACCGCCAUGGCGGAUGAUAUGGGAACAUCCACUGAAACCGAGUCCACCAUUGUUUCGGCGGCCACAAAGAUCCAGGCUGGAGCUCGUGGUUUCCUUACCAGGCGAAGAUUGCGACGGGCUAGUGCCGGAACCAAGUCAUCAACUUUGGACACUAAGGCUUCGUUUGGAAACGAUGCCAUCAGCGAAUCCUUGGAACGAUUCAUUGAGGAGGAAGCUGCUAAAAAGAUUCAGGCUGCAUAUCGGACGCACACCCGAAAGCGCAAGGGUCACCCCCGGAAGUUGGAGGGCAUCAGCUUGGAGAGCAAUCUGGCCGCUAGGCGUCAAAAAUUGCAGCGUGGAGAUGCGCUUCGUAAUGAUUCUACCCCUGAUGAAGAGAAUAGUGUGAGCACCAGUGGAGGACAAUCCCAAAAGAUUUCAAGGACUCAGAGAAGCAAAACUGUUGGUGAGACAAAGUCAAAAGCUGACAUGGAAUUAAGGUGGCUGAAAAUGCGUCAGAAUUCAAUGCCCGUACAAAUUGAUUGCGAAGUUUUCAGAGUAAUUCCCAAACAUAUGCGAAAACGUAUAAAAAGCGCCGAGGGGAACAAAAGGAAAUAAAAAAUCUAUAUAAUAGGUAUCCACGCUGAACUAUAUCUAAAUAAAAUAUAUAUAAUCGAAAAUGUUUUUGUUAUCAAAGAAGCGGAAAGGCUUCCGGGAGUAAAUCAUAACAUAUAUUUUCCUCAAAUUAAAUGUAUUUAAUUUAAACGGACUGUGGAUGAGCGGAUGGCUGCCACCUUUGUUAUAAACAUUAAACGGAUUUGACAGAUUUAUGGGAUGGGCGUGCAUCAUGGGUCAUUGUACUAAAUUGAAUGAAUACCAACCAGCUAUUGAGUUGGUUUUAUAUUAGAGACAAUCUUUACAACUAUCAUUUGAAUUUUUCCGAUUCGGAAAAUUCCCGUCCUGUGU